CUUGGGAAGACUGUUUUCACGCUGUUUCUAUAAACGUUUUCAACACGACGUAAACAAUGUGCGAAAUGUUAGGACCAGUUAACGUGUCUUAGUGGUGUAUUACUUUAAAAUCGACGCAUAGGUUUAGUUCGAACAGCACCAGCCUGCGUGACCAGCAUAUUUUUCCUAUCACUGAAAGUAACGUUGUUUUGAAUCGACACAACUUUUGUAGCAAGAUGGGAUUUUUCUCAAGAUUGGCACAAAUUCUAGGAAUAUCGAAGAAGGAGGCUAAAAUAUUGGUCAUAGGGUUGGACAACAGCGGUAAAACUACAAUUAUAGAUAAACUGAAGCCGGAAGAAAAGCGGUCUGGGGAUGUUGCUCCAACUGUUGGUUUCAGUGUAGAGAGGUUUAAAAAUAAGUCUCUACAGUUUACAGCUUUUGAUAUGUCAGGACAAGGACGAUAUAGGAACAUAUGGGAGCAUUAUUUCAAGGAUUGUGAUGGAAUUAUAUAUGUGAUUGAUAGUUCUGACAAACUGAGGAUGACUGUAGCAAAAGACGAAUUGGAUCAAGCUCUGCAGAAUGAAGAUAUUAAGAAUAGAAGGAUACCAAUUUUAUUCUUUGCGAAUAAGAUGGACUUGCGGGAUUCCAUGUCGAGUGUCCGAUGUUCAUUGAUGCUGGAUUUGGAUUCCAUACGUGACAAACCAUGGCAUAUAUGUGCCAGUAAUGCUUUGACAGGGGAAGGAUUACAUGAGGGAUUUGAGUGGAUAUCAGAUGAAAUAAAAAGCAUUUUGGAAACAAAAUGAGAUAUAGUGAUGCCAAAAUCAACCCAAAGGAAAAGUUCUGAAGUUUCCAAUUUCCUCCACACAUUUUUGACACUACAUACAUGUCUUAAAUGAACGUAUAUAAUAUUUCAGGAAAUUAUUACCUCCAUGUGGAGAACAAAUGACUUUAGGAAAGAAGUAUAUUAUGUUAUUGUCUAUCAGGGCAGAAUGGAGCUGUUGAUGAUGAGUGUGUAAAAAUAGGCAAUUAAAUAUAUCUAUUGGGUUUUUUUGUUUUUUUUUGUGUAAAUUCAAAGGUCCAUUUUUGUAGCAAUUUUCGGAAACUAAAUUUCUUGUAUUCUAGGAGAUCUUCAAAAUAGUUGGACCACGACCAUUAUGAGGAAUAAAAUAUUAACAGAAAUGAACAGAAAUUUGAAGAAAAAAAAACAAAGAAAGUUUUUAUUUUUUGCUAUAGUUAAGUAAUGUAUGCCAGACUGUCCUAAGUUUAUGAUAAAUAUGUACAUUUAUGCCAGAUUGUCCUAGGUUUAUGAUAAAUAUGUACAUUUAUGCCAGAUUGUCCUAGGUUUAUGAUACACAUGUAUGUCAGA